CGCUUGUGAAGUUUUUCGCACGUACCCUUGCAGACGGCCCAGCCUAACUUAGCGAUGCCAUACCUAGCUAACAUUUCUCUGCGCUAGCUAGGUAGUCGUGCGAUGAGAGAUAUUCUGCAAGAGCAGAAUAGCAAUUGAGUGGCCGACACAUAUAAGAGAAACACAUUAAGCCAUCCAAAUGGUGAUCAUGUCAGGCACAGCCACUGUGCUGCAGCAGUUUAUCAGUGGGCUGAAGAAUCGAAAUGAAGACACCAGAGCAAAAUCUGCCAAAGAGCUGCAACACUAUGUGACCACAGAACUCCGAGAGUUAAGCCAAGAUGAAGCCACUACAUUCUACGAUGAGUUGAACCAUCACAUAUUUGAGCUGGUAUCCAGCUCCGAUGUGAAUGAGAAGAAAGGAGGGAUUCUCGCCAUCGUGAGUCUGAUCGGAGUCGAGGGAGGCAAUGCCACCAGGAUCAGCCGCUUUGCCAAUUACCUGCGCAACCUGCUCCCGUCCAGCGACCCUGUGGUGAUGGAGAUGGCCUCUAAAGCCAUGGGCCACCUGUCUAUGGCAGGGGACACCUUCACUGCAGAGUAUGUGGAGUUUGAGGUGAAGAGGGCCCUGGAGUGGCUGGGAGCAGACAGAAAUGAGGGCCGACGCCAUGCUGCAGUGUUGGUGUUGAGGGAGCUGGCUGUGAGCGCGCCCACCUUCUUCUUUCAGCAAGUGCAGCCCUUCUUUGACAACAUCUUCUACGCAGUGUGGGACCCCAAGCAGGCCAUCCGGGAAGGGGCUGUCUCUGCACUGCGAGCCUCUCUCAUCCUCACCACACAGAGGGAGACCAAGGAAAUGCAGAAACCGCAGUGGUACAAACAAACCUUCGAGGAGGCAGAGAAAGGCUUCGAUGAGACUUUGGCCAAAGAGAAAGGGAUGAAUCGCGACGACAGGGUCCACGGGGCUCUCCUGAUCCUGAAUGAGCUGGUCCGCAUCAGCAGCAUGGAGGGAGAGCGCAUGCGCGAGGAGAUGGAGGAGAUCACGCAGCAGCAGCUGGUCCACGAUAAGUACUGCAAGGAGAUGAUGGGAUUCGGAGCCAAGCCCCGGCACAUCACGCCCUUCACCAGCUUCCAGUCGGUGCAGCCCCAGCAGUCCAACGCCCUCCUGGGCCUGCUGGGCUACAGCACGCCGCAGGGCUUCCUCAGCUUCGGAGCCACGCCGGCGCCCGCCAAGAGCUCGCUGGUGGAGAGCCGGUACUGCCGCGAGCUGAUGGAGGAGCGAUUCGACCAGGUGUGUCGGUGGGUGCUGAAAUACAGGACCAGUAAAAACCCUCUAAUCCAGAUGACCACCCUCAACCUGCUUCCACGCCUGGCUGCCUUCCAGCCAAAUACCUUUACAGACCAGUACCUGUCGGACACUAUGGGCUACCUGCUGGCCUGUCUGAAGAAGGAGAAGGAGAGGACGGCGGCCUUCCAGGCUCUGGGACUGCUGGUGGUGGCUGUCAGGACAGAAAUCGAGCCGUACCUCACGAGGAUCCUUGAGAUCAUCAAGGCCGCCCUGCCGCCCAAGGACUUUGCACACAAGAGGCAGAAGACCAUGCAGGUGGACGCCACAGUGUUCACCUGCAUCAGCAUGCUUUCCAGAGCCAUGGGUCCCAGCAUCCAACCAGACAUCAAGGAGCUGCUGGAGCCCAUGCUGGCUGUGGGCCUCAGUCCUGCGCUGACAGCGGUGCUGUACGACCUGAGCCGUCAGAUCCCCCAGUUGAAGAAGGACAUCCAGGACGGCCUGCUGAAGAUGCUCUCCCUGGUGCUGAUGCACAAGCCGCUGCGUCACCCCGGCAUGCCCAAAGGCCUGGCUCACCAGCUGGCCUCGCCAAGCCUCACAAACAUCCCCGAGGCCAGCGACGUAGGCAGCAUCACACUUGCCCUACGCACACUGGGAAGCUUUGAGUUUGAAGGACACUCCCUCACCCAGUUUGUGCGCCACUGUGCCGAUCACUUCCUGAACAGUGAGCACAAGGAGAUCCGGAUGGAGGCCGCUCGGACCUGCUCCCGCCUCCUCACGCCCUCCAUCCACAUGAUCAGCGGCCAUGUUGUCAGCCAGACUGCCGUGCAGGUUGUUGCGGAUGUGCUCAGCAAGCUGUUAGUUGUUGGCAUCACCGACCCAGAUCCAGACAUUCGAUACUGUGUGCUGGCAUCUCUCGAUGAGCGCUUCGACGCUCACCUCGCCCAGGCGGAGAACUUGCAGGCGCUGUUCGUUGCGCUGAACGACGAGGUGUUUGAGAUCAGAGAGCUGGCCAUCUGCACAAUCGGGCGCCUCAGCAGUAUGAACCCUGCCUUUGUCAUGCCCUUCCUACGCAAGAUGCUCAUCCAGAUCUUAACAGAGCUGGAGCACAGCGGUGUCGGCAGGAACAAAGAGCAGAGUGCUCGUAUGCUUGGUCAUCUGGUGUCCAACGCCCCGCGCCUCAUACGGCCAUAUAUGGAGCCCAUCCUCAAGGCUCUCAUCCUCAAGCUGAAAGACCCAGACCCCAACCCUGGAGUGGUCAUUAGUGUCCUUGCGACCAUCGGCGAGUUGGCUCAGGUGAGUGGCCUGGAGAUGAGGAAGUGGAUGGACGAGCUUUUUCCAAUCAUCAUGGACAUGCUGCAGGACUCCUCCUCAUUGGCCAAACGACAGGUGGCGCUGUGGACACUGGGCCAGCAGGUGGCUAGUACAGGUUAUGUGGUGGAGCCCUACCGCAAGUACCCCUCCCUUCUGGAUGUGCUGCUCAACUUCCUCAAGACGGAACAGAACCAGGGCAUCAGGAGAGAGGCUAUCCGUGUCCUGGGCCUCCUCGGAGCUCUGGACCCCUACAAGCACAAGGUGAACAUCGGCAUGAUCGACCAGUCACGAGACGCCUCCGCCGUCAGUCUCUCUGAGUCCAAGUCCAGUCAGGACUCAGCGGACUACAGCACCAGUGAGAUGCUCGUGAACAUGGGCAACCUGCCCCUGGACGAGUUUUACCCCGCCGUGGCAAUCGUCACUCUGAUGCGCAUCCUGCGGGACCCCUCGCUCUCCAACCACCACACCAUGGUGGUCCAGGCCGUCACCUUCAUCUUUAAGUCUCUGGGCCUCAAGUGCGUCCAGUUCCUGCCGCAGGUCAUGCCCACUUUCCUCAACGUGAUCCGGGUCUGCGACGCCAGUAUCCGAGAGUUCCUCUUCCAGCAGAUGGGAAUGGUGGUGUGCUUUGUGAAGAUCCACAUCCGCCCUUACAUGGACGACAUCUUCACCCUCAUCAGAGAGUACUGGACACCAAACAACCCCAUGCAGAACACCAUCAUCCUUCUGAUCGAGCAGAUCGUGGUGGCACUGGGUGGAGAGUUCAAGCUCUACCUGCCUCAGCUCAUCCCACACAUGCUGCGUGUCUUCAUGCACGACAACAGCACCGGACGCAGUGUUACCAUCAAGAUGCUCAACGCCAUCCAGCUGUUUGGUGCCAACCUGGACGACUACCUGCACUUGCUGCUGCCUCCCAUCGUCAAGCUGUUCGAUGCCUCUGAUGUGCCCCUGCAGGCCCGCAAGGUCGCCUUGGAGACACUGGACCGGCUGACGGAGUCCCUGGACUUCACCGACUACGCUUCGCGCAUAAUCCACCCGAUCGUUCGGACACUUGACAGCACGCCUGAGCUGCGCGGCACCUCUAUGGACACCCUGUCCUCGCUAGUAUUCCAGCUGGGAAAGAAGGUAGCUACAGUUGUCCCUCGGGGUUCCCAUUUGGGUGCGAUUAUUCCGACAGAGACUGCUUCCACCCUCCCUGCUGCCAUGCUCCAUAUAACCAGCAUUUCGGUAACCCUCCACCCAGCACCAGUCUUAAUUACCGGUACUUCCUGCCAGACUGCUGAUGUCAUUGACCAUUUGGCGGCGGGGGGCCUAACCUCAGAAGCACCAGCCCACGGCUAUACUCUGGCCGAGGAGGAAGAGGACCCUCUAAUCUUCCAAAAUCGCCAGCUUCGUAGCAACCAAGGCGACACUCUGGUCAGUGGGCCGGUGGAGGCGGGGCCUAUGAAGAAGCUUCACGUCAGCACCACUGCACUUCAGAAGGCUUGGGGUGCUGCCAGGAAGGUGUCCAAAGACGAUUGGCUUGAGUGGCUGAGGCGUUUGAGUGUGGUCCUGCUCAAGGAGUCGUCGUCUCCAGCCCUGCGAUCAUGCUGGUCUCUGGCCCAAACCUACAUCCCUCUCGCCAGGGACCUGUUCAACGCGGCCUUCCUGUCUUGUUGGUCCGAGCUGAGCGAGGACCAGCAGGACGAGCUCAUCCGCAGCAUCGAGCUGGCCCUCACCUCCCAGGACAUCGCGGAGGUCACGCAGACUCUGCUCAACCUGGCGGAGUUCAUGGAGCACAGCGACAAGGGCCCUCUGCCCCUCAGAGACGAUAACGGCAUCGUGCUGCUUGGCGAGAGAGCUGCCAAGUGUCGCGCCUACGCCAAGGCUCUGCACUACAAAGAGCUGGAGUUUCAGAAAGGGGCUUCUCCUCUCAUCCUGGAGGCUCUUAUCAGCAUCAACAAUAAAUUACAGCAGCCAGAAGCUGCAUCAGGGGUUCUGGAGUACGCCAUGAAGCAUUUUGGUGAACUGGAAAUCCAAGCUACUUGGUAUGAGAAGCUACACGAGUGGGAGGAUGCUCUGGUCGCAUAUGACAAGAAGAUUGACAUGAACAAAGAGGAUCCAGAGCUCAUCCUGGGCAGAAUGCGCUGCUUGGAGGCCCUGGGAGAAUGGGGGCAGUUGCACCAGCAGUGCUGCGAGGAAUGGACGCUGGUGAGCGAGGAAACCCAGGCCAAGAUGGCUCGUAUGGCUGCUGCCGCCGCCUGGGGUCUAGGGCACUGGGACAGCAUGGAGGAGUACACCUGUAUGAUCCCAAGAGACACACAUGAUGGCGCUUUUUAUAGAGCGGUGCUAGCCCUGCAUCAGGACCUCUUCUCAUUGGCCCAGCAGUGUAUUGACAAAGCAAGAGACCUCUUGGAUGCGGAGCUGACGGCCAUGGCCGGAGAGAGCUACAGUCGAGCCUACGGGGCCAUGGUGUCGUCCCAGAUGCUGUCAGAGCUCGAGGAGGUGAUCCAGUAUAAGCUGGUGCCAGAGAGGAGGGACAUCAUUAGAGAAACAUGGUGGGAGAGGCUUCAGGGUUGUCAGCGCAUCGUAGAGGACUGGCAAAGGAUCCUGAUGGUCAGAUCGCUUGUCAUCAGCCCCCACGAGGACAUGAGGACUUGGCUGAAGUAUGCCAGCCUCUGUGGCAGGAGCGGGCGCCUGGCACUGGCCCAUAAGACCCUGGUGCUCCUUCUGGGCGUCGACCCCUCCAAGCAACUUGAUCACCCGCUGCCCACGGCCCACCCGCACGUCACCUACGCUUAUAUGAAGUACAAGUGGAAGAGCGCCCGCAAGAUCGAUGCCUUCCAGCACAUGCAGCACUUUGUGCAAGGGAUGCAGCAGCAAGCCCAGCACGCCAUCGCUGCCGAGGACCAGCAGCAUAAGCAGGAGCUCCACAAACUGAUGGCCAGGUGCUUCUUGAAGCUGGGGGAGUGGCAGCUCAGUCUGCAGGGCAUCAACGAGAGCACCAUCCCCAAGGUUCUGCAGUAUUACAGCCAUUCCACCGAGCAUGACCGCAACUGGUACAAGGCCUGGCACGCCUGGGCGGUGAUGAACUUCGAGGCGGUGCUGCACUACAAACACCAGACCAAUGGACGGGACGAGCCGCGGCACGUUGGCGCUGCCAGCGCUAAUAGCGAAGCCAGCAACAGCGACAGCGAGGUUGACAGCACCGACCACAGUCCUGUGCCCUCACCGGGACAGAAGAAGGUCAAUGAGCAUCUGCUGUUUGCUGACCCUCCUCAGGACCUCUCCAAGACACUGCUCCUGUACACAGUUCCUGCUGUACAAGGUUUCUUCCGCUCCAUUUCCCUCUCCAGAGGCAAUAACCUGCAGGACACACUCAGGGUUCUGACUCUGUGGUUUGACUACGGCCAUUGGCCUGAAGUGAACGAAGCCCUGGUGGAGGGUAUCAAAACCAUUCAAAUAGACACCUGGCUGCAGGUGAUCCCUCAGCUCAUCGCUCGAAUUGACACUCCUCGAGCCCUGGUGGGCCGCCUCAUCCACCAGCUGCUUACAGACAUCGGGCGGUAUCAUCCCCAAGCUCUGAUCUACCCACUAACCGUGGCCUCCAAGUCCACCACCACAGCCCGCCACAAUGCUGCUAACAAGAUCUUGAAGAACAUGUGCGAACACUGCAACGCUCUGGUCCAACAGGCCAUCAUGGUGAGUGAGGAGCUUAUCCGGGUGGCCAUCUUGUGGCACGAGAUGUGGCACGAGGGCCUUGAAGAGGCGUCGCGUCUUUACUUCGGCGAGCGUAACGUCAAGGGCAUGUUUGCUGUGCUGGAGCCUCUACAUGCCAUGAUGGAGAGGGGACCACAGACCCUCAAAGAGACCUCUUUUAACCAGGCUUACGGCAGGGACUUGAUGGAGGCUCAGGACUGGUGCAGGAAGUACAUGCGCUCUGGAAACGUGAAAGACCUGACCCAGGCCUGGGACCUCUACUACCAUGUGUUCAGACGCAUUUCCAAACAGCUGCAACAGCUGACCUCCCUGGAGCUACAAUAUGUGUCUCCAAAGCUGCUGAUGUGCCGGGACCUGGAGCUGGCUGUACCAGGCACCUAUGACCCCAACCAGCCUAUCAUCCGCAUCCAGUCCAUCGCCGCCUCCCUGCAGGUCAUCACCUCCAAGCAGCGCCCACGCAAACUCACCAUCAUGGGCAGCAAUGGCCACGAGUUCAUGUUCCUGUUGAAGGGCCACGAGGACCUGAGGCAGGACGAGAGAGUCAUGCAGCUGUUCGGUCUCGUCAACACACUGCUGGCCAACGACCCUGCGUCCUUGCGCAAGAACCUCAGCAUUCAGCGCUACGCAGUGAUCCCGCUGUCCACCAACUCGGGCCUGAUUGGCUGGGUGCCCCACUGUGACACCCUGCACGCCCUCAUCAGAGACUACAGGGAGAAGAAAAAGAUUUUGCUCAACAUUGAACAUCGCAUCAUGCUCAGGAUGGCCCCAGACUACGACCACCUGACGCUGAUGGAGAAGGUGGAGGUGUUCGAACACGCCGUCAACAACACGGCCGGAGACGACCUGGCCAAGCUCUUGUGGCUGAAGAGCCCCAGCUCUGAGGUGUGGUUCGACAGGAGGACCAAUUACACCCGCUCCCUGGCUGUGAUGUCCAUGGUGGGCUACAUCCUCGGACUGGGUGACAGGCAUCCUUCCAACUUGAUGUUGGACCGCUUAAGUGGCAAGAUCCUCCACAUUGACUUUGGAGACUGUUUUGAGGUCGCCAUGACCAGAGAGAAGUUCCCUGAGAAGAUCCCAUUCAGACUGACGAGGAUGCUGACCAACGCCAUGGAGGUGACGGGCUUGGACGGUAACUACCGGAUCACCUGCCACACAGUGAUGGAGGUGCUGAGGGAGCACCGGGACAGCGUCAUGGCCGUGCUGGAGGCUUUCGUCUACGACCCGCUGCUCAACUGGAGGCUCAUGGACACAAACACCAAAGGCAACAAGCGUUCCCGCACCAGGACCGACUCGUACACCGCCGGGUCAGUGGAGGCCCUCGACGGAAUCGACCUGGGAGAGACGACGCACAAGAAACCCGGCAGCACAGUGCCCGAGUCCAUCCACUCCUUCAUCGGAGACGGAUUGGUGCAACCUGAGGCACUCAACAAGAAAGCCAUUCAGAUUAUCAACCGAGUGAGAGACAAACUUACAGGUCGAGACUUUUCUCACGAUGAGACACUGGACGUGCCAACACAAGUGGAGCUCCUCAUCAAGCAAGCCACAUCACAUGAAAACCUGUGCCAGUGCUACAUUGGAUGGUGUCCAUUCUGGUGAAGAACCGCCUCCGGCAGACAAAGUUAAUGCUUGACUUUUUGUCCUCACUGGUAAACCAAGAAGAAACGCUCAACUCAGAUAUUUCUCCCGGUAAAGUGCUUCAGCGACACAGUGCCGAGCCUCUGAGAAAGAUAUCUUGUUUUGUUGUUAUUGUAUAAAUAUCCGAUUUUUUCCAGUGGCAAUGUUUGAAGGUUGUGAGAAAGAGCUCAGUUUGGACCUAAUGAUCAUAAUUGAAUUCAAACUGCUUCAAAUGACUUCCCUCGCUUUUAGCACCAUAAUCAGUUGCUAAAGCUUUCUACGGCAGCCAUAUUGUAAUAAGUUAUGACAUUUCUUACUUCACACACUGUUUUAAAAACCCACCAGUCCGUUGUAUCAUUGUGUAUUAAUGUGACCGAUUUCAAUAACUAACUUAAACAUUCUUAUGAAGUUUACUCAUGACAAGUCAAAUUUGAUUUGAGAGCAUGAUAAUGUACUGUCUGUGUGCCAUUAAACCCUGUACAGAUACCA